UGGGACAAGAAGGGAUGUCAUCAGGAGGGUUAGGCUCCAUACAUCCACCUUCCCCGGGGAAAGCCUCCCCAGUACCCUCCCUAGAGAGAGAGAAAGAGAGAGAGAGAGAGAGAGAGAGAGAGAGAGAGAGAGGAGAGAGAGAGAGAGAGAGAGAGAGAGAGAGAGAGAAGAGAGAGAGAGAGAGAGAGAGAGAGAGAGAGAGAGAGAGAGAGAGAGAGAGAGAGAGAGAGAGAGAGAGAGAGAGAGAGAGAGAGAGAGAGAGAGAGAGAGAGAGAGAGAGAGAGAGAGAGAGAGAGAGAGAGAGAGAGAGAGAGAGAGAGAGAGAGAGAGAGAGAGAGAGAGAGAGAGAGAGAGAGAGAGAGAGAGAGAGAGAGAGAGAGAGAGAGAGAGGAUCGAUAAGGUCAUCCCAGUGCCACGACACACCCCCCCGCUGGGAUAGCGUGUACACCAGGAAUUGAACCCCAGAUGGCUCUGAUGCC